AUGUGCUUGAUGAGAACACAUGUGUCAUGUGAAGAGACAUGACAAAUACAGCCCUCCUUAAAUUACUUUUGGCCAUGGUAAUCUCGUUCAUUUUAAUUUUGCCAGAAUAUUUCAAGACACCAAACGGAAACACGUUGGAGCUAUCAUGCCUGGAAGUAUGUUUACAACCUAAUUUCACCUAUUCAUUCUCCUCUUUAAAUUUUUCUUUCGUGACUUUUCUGCAACCAAUAAAAGAAACUCAGACUAUGAUGGGAAUCUUUCUAAAUCACUCCAGUUUUCAAAACUUCACCAGGAUUUGCCAAGACAUCACAAGUGAAUUUAAAAUGUGCUCCCCAUGUUUGGCUUGUGAGUCCAAAGGAAACAUGGAUUUUAUGUCUCAGGAACAAACAUCAAAAGUUCUUAUCAUGAGAGGAUCAACGGAAGUGAAGGCAAAUGAUUUUCAUUCACCUUGUCAAUAUUUUAACUUCACUGUAACUCCUGUGGUUGACCACUUGGAGGAAUAUAACAUUACCUGUAAUCUAAAAACACACACUAGAAGGUCAGCAAUCGAAGAGGAAGAUCCAACCAAGGAAACAGAUAUAAACCAUACUUGUAGAAUUAUGGAACACCCGACUAAUUGUAUAAAUAUUUCUUUGCACCUAGACAUGGAUGUAAAAUAUUUUAUUUGUUCCAUGAAGAUCACUUGGUAUGUUCUGGUUCUAUUAGUUUUUAUAUUUUUGCUCAUCUUCAUUAUCCACAAAAUACUUGAAGCCCACAGGAGAGUGCAGAAGUGCCAGGGUCAUAAAUACAGACCUACAUCUGCCCUCUUAAGAGGAAGUGAUUCUGAGAAACUGCAAACAUUGAACGUGCAGGUUAUUUCAGAGACCACGCAGAGGCUGCCUAUGGCUCAUGUCAAGGACGUGCUUCCUCCAAUACCAGAAAUAGAAGUUACUUCCAUGGAGCAUCAGCAAGUUCAACAUACACGACUAUCCUUAUGAAUUCCUCUGGGCGAUUUUGACUGAACCCUUCUGAAGAGUACUCAUAAUUCUAUUCUGGGAAUGAGUUAACUGGUAAUAGUUGGUCUGGCUGAGGAUGCACAAUAGGAACCAGUAGGAGUGCUGACUGGUUGAUGGAAACUAACUCAACAGCACUCAUUUGACCCAGGAGAUCAAAGGCACAAGAGUUUUUUUCAGGAAGGCAUUAUGAGUCAUGGAAAACAAGCUAAUGAAACCCAUGGAAAAAGCAAGAGAACACUUACUCUCUUUGUUUAUCCAUCAUUAUACAGCUUACACUAGUCCCAAGAUUUUGAUUUUGAGGAACCAAAAACAGGGUUGAGGAUGCAAAUCCUUUCUCUCACUGGCCCACAUUGCAGAUCCUGAUUUGAUGUGUUUUCUUAUAUAGAUGGAUUGUUUCUGUUUGGCAAAUUGCUUAAGAGGACCUGGGUUGUUUGUUUAUACAUUUGUUUGCAUCUGUAAAGCUUUCCUCCUUUUGGCACUGGGAUGUUUAAAAAAAAUUCAAAAUACCAAAAUAAAAUGAAUUUAAGUGAAAUACUUGAAUGUUUAAAUCUAA